AUGUUCGGUCAGUGUUUGGCACAGUCCCAAAACUGUUUGGGCACUAUAAUCUCAUACUCUCUGUUGCUUCUCAAUACUAGCUCCAGCACCCUUGCAUUAGAGGUUGUUUUAGUAUUGUGCUUGUCACUUAGAGCCACCUCUAGCUUAUCAUUUUGGAGCCCACCAUAG